GUUCUCACGACGUCAGUCCACGCGGCUCGGUCACGGCGUACGCCCGUCUCGCUGUGUUCCUAAAACGACUGACGCGCGUUCCAUAUUCGAAAAUUUAAAAAGUUUGGACGGACCUGGAUAGUAGGGAAUUUCGCCAUGGGUGUUAUCAAGGUGUCCCCCGAUACUGCGUCGCUGAUCUCCGUGUGUGACAUGCUCGACGAUAUGAAGAGCGAGUCGAGCUACACAUCCUCGGAGGAAGGAUGCGGCGGCGGCGAGCGGCACGCCGUGCUGAGCUACGAGCAGGUGGCGCGGCUCAACGACGUGAUGGACGAGGUGGUGGCCAUCCACGGGCGCGGCAACUUCCCCACGCUGCACGUGCGCCUGCGCGAGCUGGUGGCCGGCGUGCGCGCGCGGCUGGAGGCGGCGCAGGCGGCGGGCGGCGCGGGCGUGGCGGUGCGCGACGUGCGCCUCAACGGCGGCGCCGCCUCGCACGUGCUGGCCGACCGCCCGCAGCCCUACUCCGACAUCGACCUCAUCUUCACCGCCGACCUGCCCACCGCGCGCCACUGCGACCGCGUCAAGGCCGCCGUGCUCGGCCACCUCGCCACGCUGCUGCCGCCGGCCACGCCGCGCCGCCGCGCCUCCACCGCCGGCCUCAAGGAGGCCUACGUCUCCAAGAUGGUCCGCGUCAACUCCGACGGCGACCGCUGGUCGCUCAUCUCCCUCGGAAACUCUCGCGGUCACAAAUCCGUCGAGCUCAAGUUCGUGGACACGAUGCGACGUCAGUUUGAGUUCUCCGUGGACUCGUUUCAGAUCGCCCUAGAUUCGCUCCUCGCUUUCCACGAGUGCGCGGCGCUGCCCAUCGGCGAGAACUUCUACCCGACCGUAGUUGGCGAGUCGGUGUACGGAGACUUCCGCGAGGCUCUCAUCCACCUAACGGAAAAGCUGAUCGCGACACGCCAGCCCGAGGAGAUCCGCGGCGGCGGCCUGCUCAAGUAUUGCGCGUUACUGGCCAAAGGCUACAGAGCCGCGCGGCCGGAUCGCAUCAAAACGCUGGAGCGAUACAUGUGCUCGCGGUUCUUCAUCGACUUCCCCGAGCUCGGGCAGCAGCGCGCCAAGCUCGAGGCGUACCUCCGGAACCACUUCGUGGGGCGCGAGGAGGAGGCGCUCAAGCACCGCUACCUGACGCUGCUACACGGCGUGGUGCGCGAGUCGACGGUGUGCCUGAUGGGCCACGAGCGGCGGCAGACGCUGGCGCUGAUCGAGCACCUGGCGUGCCGCGAGCUGUGCGCGCGGACGCCGGUGCUGCUGGCGCCCGGCGUGGGUGUGGGCGUGGGCGUGGGCGUGGGGGUGGGCGUGGGCGUGGGUGGGUACUACGUGUGCGUGUGCGCGGCAUGCGCGGCCUGCGCGGCGUGUCCCGCGUGCGCCGCCUCCUACUGCCAGUGCUGCCGCCCGCAGCUGUGCCCCGCGUGACCACGCUAGGUCGCCGUGAUCAGAGACACGUGAUUCUUACCUUCUUUAUCGAUCGAUGAAUUUAGUGCCAAAUGUAUAUAAUAAAAAAUAUAUGUAUAUGUAUGAUUCACUGUCCUAUAGGCGAGUGUAUAUAAUGUGUUAUUAAUUACGCUUCGUAUUCUUGGCUGGAUUUUAAUUAGGAAAAAAUGGGAAACACCAAAGCGAAAAAGACAGGCCGGUAGACUUACGCUUCUUUUGGCGAAAGCGAAUAUUUCAGUAGAUAGAAUCGAGUGACUCUAGAGUACUCGAGCCGGCACGACUUGCCAUUGAACCUCGCGGCCUUCUGAGCCAUAUCGGUAGCUUCAUGUGGAGACAAUUUACCCUGUGUCAAUUCGAAGUUGCUCACUUUACUAGUACACAGAUCAAUUCUCACCAGUCAAUUCUCCCGCAAGGCCUCCACGGUGGUGCCUGGGACCUACUAGCUAGUCACUACUGAUCACCAAGCUCGGUGAGGAGUUCAACUAACUCUGAUUGGUUGGUGGCAGUAUUGCUGACUAUUAGGGCCCUAGACCACCAACCCCGCUCGAUUGCUAAUAAUCUAAUCAACUAUUGUAAUGUUAGCUAGAGAACUAAGCAGAACGUAUUUAGCCAACGCUUAAGGUCAAACGUGAAGUAAUUUCUAGUCGUACUCCUUUCGUGUUGAUAAGUUAAUAUGUUAGCAGUACGAAAAUUAUUUUCCACGAAAUAUAAUGGACGCAUUGUUAGGAAUAAGUCCGAGUCGAUGGUCUGCCUAUAAAAAAGACUAGUUAGUUAUUGUUAAGCUUUUUAUGUAUAAAAUUGUCUCCAUAAUUUUAGUGGCAUGUCUCUCAAAAAACCCCGCUCAAAUGUCAGAGGCGUAACUUUGACUCGAGCUUCAACUAGGACUGCUUUGGAAGAUAACGAUAUUUCAGUAGCAAAAUAAAAGCUAGAAACAAUCCGGCCUUGUCGUUGGCCUUCAGAAACGUUUAGUCGGGUUUAGGGACGAAUAUACGAACGUUGUUAAACCAGAAAACGCAAAUGCAGACAAGGAAUUAGGCAUAGAGUGUCCUCUCGGGGACGGCAGGAGCGGCCGGGCGCACUUACAAUGUCUGUUUAAAUGAUCUGUGAAGCGCAAAGCAAGGCCGAAGAGUUCAGUGCUCGCCCGGCUGCCACACGAGAUGUACUGAAGACGUAUUUUAUUACUAUGUAUUUAUAUAACGUGUAUACAUUUGUCUUGAUCGCUCUAGUAUUGUAUACGGCUUGGCAUACGAGAGUAACAAAUUAAGUUAAUUAUAAAAACAAAAAAGAGAAAAAGCAAAAAAAAAGACUAAGGUGUGUACAAUAUUAAAGUCCACUCUUGUUAUUGAUAGAGAUCCAUUUAUAAAUAUUUUAAGAAUAUUUACAAGUACUAGAAGUCACGUCGAGAGCGUACUUAUGGCGUUUCAACUUUUAACAUUUCAUCAAUUACAGUAAAUAUUGUAGGUGGUAUGAAAACAUGUGAUUUAAUUGUUGUAGAGUAACAUACUGUUGUCGAUGAUUAUACUUACAUACAUUAUAAUGUAGAUUAAAUCCAAUAGAGAGAUGUACUAUUGUUGUAUUUUAAUGAUAUAUAGAUAUACGAAUGAUUGUGUAAACUGUGUCCGGCCAAUCGUGCAUGUCUUAGAUAUUUGCCAAUGCAUAUUCAAAUAAAAAAUAUAUGUAUACACAUUAUUGCAUGGAACUCUUGAAUAGAAGUAAGAUGUUUAAAUAUUUUUGAUUAGUCGAAAUGGCAUUCAGAGGAAUCAAGUACAAGGGCUCCUAGAGUCACUCACGUAUGUUGUCGCACGGGACGAUCCGACUUGCUCACUAUCGAACCAAAAUUUGAGAUCUCAUUUUUUAUUCCCUCAAAAUAUUUCGGAAAUGUAAGAACGUGUUCAAUUUAUUUUUAACUCGUACUUUUGUACUGUCAACACUGGAUUCGUGUUCUUCCUACCUUUUCUAAUGUGGUACGUACAUCUUAUAGUGAAGUGUAAAAGUGUGUAUAACAUUACGAGAGAGGGAAAUUACAUAAAUAUUCAUCAUAGCAUCAAACAACUGAUUCAUAUAACCGAUACCAAAACAUAGAAAAUCUCAUCGAAUCCAGUGGCUUUUGCUCUUGUCAUGACUUAAGAAUCACGAAUUUUGAAACGCUUUUCGAAUUCUCAACACUUUAAUUUACGAGAGGUGUAUUGAUAUUAUAAUAUAUCAAGUAUUUAGAGACGUGUAUAUUUCCUAAGUCAUUGAGGGCGAAGAGGGAGAGGUCCGGUGUCUCGCAGCGUUAGUUUUAAAAUCUUAAAUGUCAUGGAUAAUGUUAAAAUUGUUCCGAAUGAAUCCCACAGACCUCACUGUGAGUUGUAGACAUCUAAUCUCCCUAAUGGUGAACCUACACUGGCUGUUAUAAGUGUUAUAUAACACGGUGUUAAAUAACAUUUUAUAGUGUGUUAUAAACACGGUGUUAUAUAACAUUUAUAACAGCCAGUGUGGGAGCACCAUAAUGUCAGCGUCUAGUCAACAAUUGCGCAGUGACACAAUUUUCUAUGACGCUGCUGACUAGACGUUGACGCUCAGAAGGCUAUGGCGUCUCGGACUAAACGAACGCGGCGGGACGCUGGACUAGUCUGUACUUAGAAGUAAAACAAGUACAUAAUUAUAACUAACGAAAUCUAAACCAUAUUCCAUUUGUACCUAAUAAGAGUGAAUGUAAGUUUAUUAUCACUAGUUAUACCUCUCGCAAUCGAGACAGGCAUCUAAGUUGUGAUUUGUAGUCUUUUCGACAGGUCUUUUAACGUUAUCUAUAUUGAAUAUUAUCAUAUUUUAAAUAACUGUGAUUAUUAUACCUAUAUUGUAAUCUAUUAUUGGCAGUACCCGGUAUGAACUACCUCCUCGCUUAAACUAAAAUUCUGAUAAAUCGUGCUUGUAUUGUAUUAGAAAAUAUAUUUUAUUACCGUUGUACAGACUCAGAUGAUUAUUCCAUACAUUGUAGGUUUCAAAUUGUACAACUUCGGUCUUUUUGGUAAAUGGCAAAAUUAAAUUUUAAUACAGUGCAAAAAAUAUCUUUUGAUACAUGUUUGAGCCGAUUUAGAGAAUGUUUUACAUUCAGGAACUGCUGUUGUUCAACUGAAAAUAAUGUAUUUUAAAUUAUAUCUAAAAGAACAAGUAAUGUGGUAUUCUUGAUGAAUGAGUUUGCGGACGGCGUUGUCAAUGCCAUUGUUCAAAAAAAAAAAAUACAAAUUAUUCGGCCAGUAUUUUUAAAACUGAACUUUAUCACUUUGACUUAAAAAUGGUUACAUUCUGUAAUACAUGUUGUGAAGGUUGAUUACAGUAAUCAACUUGAAGGUCAUAUCUGCACUUUGCACUAGAUUAAUUUCUGCAAUAGCUCUUCCGUAGAAAUAUUUCGUGACGCUUCCAUGAAACGGUCUAAAUAUUUUGGAAAUGUUUUUGCAAACGAGAGACAUUGCGGUUUAUUAUAGGGUUUUAUUUUUCUAAAGUUACCAUCAGUUUCAGCUAGCCUUUCUGUGUAAUGGUUAAUUUUAUAUUGUGCACGUUAUAGGGCGUCUGCGUACUGUCUGUUUGAUUAUUUGUAUAUAUUGUAGGGGUAGAUAGACGAGGCGAUGUUUGAUCUGUGAGACGAAUUAUUCUUGAUUUCUUUGUAAAAUGGAUUGGCCGCUCUGAAUAUUUGGCAACUUACGUCUUUAUGUUUGUAAACUUCAAACAAAUCACGAAUGUUACUGUAAAGGUACUAUUCCAUAUGAUUCUCCUAAUCUGUGUCGUAAUAUAAAGGCGAAGGUACUUUGUAACACAAGCACGUGUGACGUGUAAACCCGGUUUUGCAUUUAAAGUGAUAUGAUAUACGUUGGAAAACGCCAUUAGCUCCUAACCGAUGCAUUUACACAUUUGCUCAUUACGCAAUCAAAGCUUUGCAAUUCAAAUUUAGAAUUCUAUUUUUUUUUUUUUUUUCAUCCUAUUUUGAAAGCUGGAAGAUCUGUUCGGGAUUUAAAAAGGCUAUUAUGAAUGAGUUGAAAUUCGCUAGGUUCGGUAUUGGGUAGAAGGGUUUGGAGUUGUAAAAGUAUUCUUUAGUAGUGUAAAGUACGCAGACGCCUAAAAAGGCGUGGCUUCGCGGGAUUCUUGAUGGAAACAAAUGACAGCGACACUGUGAACGCAAUGGCUGAAACGGACUCGCAUCCAGGUCAUAGUUUAAAAAAAACACGUGUCGCUGCCGUUUGGCACUUUGGGUGGGUUAUUCGUACUACUUUUAUUAUUAGUUUCCCACGUUUGUGUUUAGGUGACAAUCAUGUAUGUAAGCUGUUGCGUUACUGUAUAAUUUCCUUGGUAAAAGGCAUACAGAUGUGGUGGCGAAAAACACUUAUUUUUUUUAACAGAAAAUUAAAGAAACUGGCGGCAUCUAUUCCUUUUGGUCUUUCUAAUCUGAGAAUGAUUUUAGAGAUAAGGCACCUUGAUAGAUAUUGACAUUAUUCUUUUCGAUCACAAAACAAUUCUAUUCAAAUCUCAAAAGUUGUUCUUUAGAA